UUCUCACGUGUCAUUAGCUCUACCGAGCGCACGCAAAAAACCUAUCGUCGCGUACACUGUACAUACAUUAAAUAUUCACCGAGAAUCAUCGUAAAAGCGCCAUCUAUCCGUACGGCCGCGAUCAUUAAAAAUAUCUCUCUCUCCUCUCCGCGUACUUGCACAGCAUCGCAGCAUCAUCGUCACUCGCGAAUAAAGAUCGAGUGCGUAGUCUGCGCUACGCCGCGUGAAUUUACACGCCAGUUUCGCGCUUAAAUAUUUCGAUCGAAUCGAGAUGUCGUCGUCGUCGUCGAGCAAGGACGAGGACAAUAUAUUGUCGAAAAUCGGCUGGUGCCUGAGCUUGGCCUACUGCUACUGCUCGACUCAGGUCAAGUUCGCCUGGCUGGGCUUGGCCGGGAUCGUCGAGGAUCGCUGGCACGCGCGCACCAACGCAACUGAGAUGCCGAAAUUGACGGGCAGAGUGGCGAUCGUCACCGGCGGUUCGCGCGGCCUCGGCAAGGAGAUCGUCAAGAUGCUGCUCCAAUGCGACCUUCACGUCGUCGUCGCUUGUCGAAAUAUCGCGGCUGGCGAGGCGGCCGUCGAGGACAUACGCGGAUCCGGGGGCGUGGAGAGCGGCAUAGCCACGGUGAUGUGCCUCGACAACUCGAGUCUGGCCGCGGUGAGGAAAUUCGUCGAGGAUUAUCGGAGCAAGUUCUCGUCGAGACUCGAUAUUCUCAUCAACAAUGCCGGAGUCAUGUGCACGCCUUACAACGAGACCGUGGACGGCUACGAGGAGCAGUACGGGGUGAACUAUCUGUCGCACUUUUUGCUCACGCUGCUGCUGAUGCCGGCGCUGGCCCGCGCCGGAUCCACGGAUCUCGGUCAUUCGCGGGUGAUCAACGUGUCGUCCUGCGCUCAUCUGGUCGGUGACGUCAGAUUCAGCGACACCAACAGAAAAGAUCUGUUCGUCACCGCCGAGGCGUACGCGCAGAGCAAGCUCGCCCAGGUGCUGUUCACCAAGAGGCUGGCGCGCGAGCUCGCCGCCAAGAGACUGCCGGUGCAGGUGUGCGCCGUACAUCCGGGCGUAGUGAGCACCGAUAUCUUUCGCACGACCUACGUCAAGUACCUGCGGGCCAUCGUCGAUGUACUCUUCAAAAAUCUCGAGGAAGGCGCCGUGCCCGUGGUCUACGCCGCGGUCAGUCCGCUGAUGGAGAAAAAGAGCGGCGUCUACGUGAGCAACUGUCGCGAGUCCCGCGUCAAAGCCAUCUGCAACGACGAGCUCGUCCAGGAUCGUCUGUUCGAUCUGUCGCUCCGACAAGUCGGUCUCGAGCGCUUGCCGUUUUGAGACAAUUUUUUUUUCUCUCUCUCUCUUUUUUUUUUUAAUGAAUUUUCUCUCGUCGCUACGACGACGACCACGACGAGAUAAAGAAAGAAACGGUGUAAUUAAAAAGAGAGAAAAAAAGAAAGAUGCUCUGUAUAAACUGUGUAUAUUACACCGGCGUACUGUCACGCACAAAAGCUCUCGAGCGCGGUUGAAAUUCCAGGAUAUAUAUAAAUGUGUACACUGCGCGUAUAUACCGUUACACGUAUAAAUGCGUAAUUACUUUUACCCUUCUUUUUUUCAUUUAUUUAUUUACCGUGUACAUUUUCUUUUUCUCUGCGAUUCAUUUUAUAUCGAGAAUCUUGUUAAUUUUGAGAUCCGAGAUAAAAAAAAGAAGGUAAAACUCAACUUCGACGCGCGAGCGACAAUGGACGAAUUCCUGUAUUAUAAAUUUUCCUCCCUCGCUCCCUCCAUCGAUCUAUCUAUUUCAUUAUAGUACUUUUGCUCGGCUGCAAAAGCUGCCGCGCCGCGAAAACUUUGCGUAUAACUACUACUACUAUUACUGCUGCUGCUUCGCUCGUGUAUAUAGGCGCAAACAAUGCGGCGCGCGCGCGAAGCAAAGUGCACUCUUCGCGCUCUCCUCCUACUCCUUCUCUCUUUUUUUGAAACGACGCUUUUUCCAGA